GUUGCUGCUUCAGCUGCCUGUCUUCUGGGGCCUCUACCGUGCCAUCCGGCGCCUGGCGAUUGUGGAGUAUCCUCAUCUCAAGGAGCCCUUCCUGUGGAUCCCGUCCCUGUACGGCCCGAAUUUCAAGCCCGACCCAAGCUUCGACUGGAUCACUCAGUGGCAGGGACCCCUCAUCGAGCUGCAUCCAAAGAUCGGCUGGGAGACCUUCUCGCUCUAUGCGAUCCUACCGGCCGCCAUCUUCGUCUCCUACCGCUACGUGCUGUCGGAGGCCUUGGAGGAUGAGAACGCGCCAAAGCUCUUGCAGUUCACCCCGUUCCUCCUGA